GGCUGCGAUAUCAACGACAAGCUUUACGUUGACGAGAGAAGAUGACGUGCUACAACUGCGGUCUCCACGGGCAUUUCUCGCAGGAAUGUCCUCAUCCACGUCGAAAUGUGGCCACAGGUGCGAAUACGGUGCCCUUGGCUAAUACGACUCCGCUCUUGGCUCUGCCUUCGUCCACAACCAGCGCUGUGGCUCAGACACCGGCAUCAGUGACGACUGGUGGCACCUUUCAGACGCAGCCAGCAGCUCAGCACUUCGGGACGGCACCGAAGCCAAAUUGGUGGCGGCAGAACCAAAAUAUGCUUGAAGAUAUGUAUGGCUUCUAUAAGGAACUCAAGUCGAAGGCGCAAAUGGACCAAGAGAAGCUUGUCGAGGAAAGGAAGGAAAAAGAAGCGCAGGAAGAGCUCGAACGUAAGAAGAAAGAAAGGGCGGAGUUGGCUGCGGACGUGGGAGCUAAGAUUGAUCAACGCUUGGCUUUCGUCUGCGAUGCACUGUUGAAUCGAACAGGGGAGGUGGGAAGGAUAGACGGGGCGAGUACAAGCAAAGGGUCGCAGGCGGAUGAAGCGGCUAGGCUGCAAAAGGAAGUUACCGAGUUGUGGGCCAAACUCUUCUCGGAGAAGCCGAGCACGGAUGAAAGUUCUGAGUUGGAUAGGCUUAGAAAGGAGAUCGAAGAAUUGAAAAAGUUGGCGUUCAGUAAGCUUUCGAUCGAUCCUGUUGAAAGUGAAAUCAAGAGGUUGAAGGAGGAUAUCGAGAUACUGAAGAGGAGUAAGGAGACUACAAGUGAUAAGUCAGAUUUGGAGAAACAACUGGAAGAAUUGAGGGAGCAUGUGAAAAAAUUGAGAAAGGAGAAAGAAUUAUCGGAGGAGGAGGCGCAGCAAUGGAGGGGUGAGGCUCUUCGGCCAGGCAAUAAACGUGAUAGCAUAGCCAUCAGCACACCACAGAGUGAGUCACAAGGGAGGUCUAAAUCAAGGUCGGUAACCUCGCCGAAUGAUCUCGAAAAAUUACGAGAGCAAUUUCAAAGGUUAAGGGAAAUGCAGCAACUGUCAUUCGUGGAGGUGAAGCUGCUGAAGGAGAAGCGUGCCGAGGCGGAGGCUAGACGAAUGGCUGCGGAGAAAGAGGCUGGUCUGCUCAGGGAACAGGUUGACCUGCUGAAGUCACCGCAGUUAGGGGGCACAAACUUGCGGAAUCGUCUGGAGCAGGUGGCAGUCGGUAGCACGCAAGGAAAGAAGAAAGGGUUGGUAGGAAGGCCGUGUGCUUCGACCAGUAAAGCUGCAGCGGUCAACGAUCGGCACGUGUUUCUUGCCGAAGAGAAGAAGCGUCUGCGUGCUUUGAAGAAGGGUGGGUUGGUGCCCUUGUGUACAGACGAAGGGAUUCUGUACAGGACGGUCGAGCAAGCGGUUGAGGAGAUAGCGGAGCUUCGUGCAAACAGAAUGUUUGGUGAACCUCACAAGGGGUAUGGGACAAGAUCUAAGGUGGGAGACGAGCAAGAAGAGCACAAUGCUGGAAAAGGUAAGGAGCAGGUGACCGACGAGCCGGAGACGUUGGUCGAAGUGAUACCGUCGGACUCAGCUUAGGGGCGUCUCCCGAACGUGGCCGAGUUAUGGAGUUUGGCUUGGAGGUGUCAUCAAUUGCGUGCUGUUUCUAUACCUUCU